UGUUUUGUUGUUUUUUACAAACGUAAUGGAAAGUUUCGGUUUCAUUGUAGGUAUCAGCUAGUUUCAGUCUCUCUCAUACACACACACACCAGCUAGCAUGCUAGUCACUAAUGAUUAGCGAGAUGCUAACGCUAUCCAGUGGAGAUGCACAUGUGAGGAGAGAGAGAGAGCUGGGUUUUACAUCCGUCACUUCAGCACCUUCAUCAUCAUCAUCAUCAUCAUCAUCAGAGUGUGUGUGUGUGUUUGAGGGAGAGCGAGGGACGAUGGAGGGAGGAAACGUGCAGAAGACGAGUCCUUUACCCCGAGAGCUCACUCGCGUCUUCAGCAGCUACAACAAAAACUCUGCGCUGCUGAAGAAGAACCUGAAGGAGACGAGCAGCUUCUUCAGAGAGAUGAGACAGAACUACAGCAACGUGUGCACGCCUGGGGACCUGGAGCAGGGUCAGCUCGGCUGUGUCUCCAUCCCCCGUCUCGAUGAGGAGUUCCUCCACGGCGUGGUGAGUAGCGCCCCCUACAUCCUGGUCCUCGGACAAGACUGCCCCGCCCGCUACCAGCUCCUCAACUUCCUCCUGGGAGAGAAGCUCCUCCCUCUCGGCUCAGACCUGGGCGCGACCUGUGGGCCGGGGGGCAGGGCUUGUAAAAGGAGGAAGUUGUGUUUCACUCACGGGCGUCAGACUCGACUCAGCUUGGCUCUCCCGGGGCAGUACGAGCUCGUGCACCAGUUAGCCGCUAACUGCAGCCGCUGGGACACCGUCCCCCUGCAGGACCUGGAGAUCCAGGACGAGUGUGAGGAUCCGGCGCACCGAUUGGCUGAGCUGGAGAUCACGCUGCAUCAGUCGCUGCUGCAGGAGACUAGGAUCAUGGUGGUGCCGUGUGCUGGAGUGCAGCCCAUUAAGGAGGCUCUGGAGGACUGCAUGCAAAACACAAUUCCCAUAAUCCUCUAUGCUCUGAGUCAGGACUCUGUUAGCCCGGACCAGGCGGCCGAGCUCCUGAAGGUCCACGACCUGCUUCCGUUUCCCAUCUGCUUCGUCCGCGUCCCCAGUAUUCCCGGUAUUCCUGCCUCUCAGGGGGAAUCGGGGGCUCUCCAGAAGCAGCUCUUCUCCCUGGGCUUCCUCCAGGACGGACAUGGAAACUGUUCGUGUGGCGCUCCCUCCCAAACACAGCAUGGCCCCUCUGGGAAACCUCACAGCGUUCUCGGGGAGAGUCUGGACCGCCUCCAUCGACUCCUCGUGCACUUCACCCGGCAGGUGUUCACCAGUCAGCUGGUGGAGGCGGCAAACCGACUGAACGCUCUUCACUGCAGCUGCCUCGACCUCUUCAUCAACCAGGUAGGAACGAGAACAGGAACCACUGCAGAACCCUGAAC